AUGAGAGAGGCGCAGGAUCGGCAGAAGUGUUAUGCUGAUAAGAGCCGUAAAGAGUUGGAGUUUGAGGUUGGAGAUAUGGUGUAUCUCAAGAUGGCGAUGUUGCGUGGUCCUAACAGGUCCCUUACCGAGACUAAGUUGAGUCUGAGGUUUAUGGGUCCUUUCAGGAUUGUGGAGCGGGUUGGACCGGUGGUUUAUCGGUUGGAGUUACCUGAGGUAAUGCAUGCAUUUCAUAAGGUAUUCCACGUGUCGAUGCUGAGGAAGUGUCUUCACAAGGAUGAUGAGGUGUUGGCUACGAUCCCGACAGAUCUUCAGCCUAGCAUGACCUUGGAGGCGAGGCCAGUGAGGGUUCUCGAGAGGCGGGUAAAGGAACUUCGACGUAAGAAGAUUCCUUUGAUGAGAGUCCAGUGGGACUGUGAUGGAGUCUUGGAGGAGACGUGGGAGCCAGUGGCCAGGAUGAAGGCAAGGUUCCGGAAGUGGUUUGACAAGCAGGUCGAGAAGUGGUUUGAGUUUGGUUUUAAGAGAUCCAGUGAGAAACGCAGUUGGAGCGUCUGCAGAGAGUCGGUGUCGAUCGACACCAAGGGUGGGUGUCGCUCGACACCAACGUUUCGUCGCGCGAGGAUAACUGCGUCUUACGAUUGGAGUGUCGAGACCGGUGUCGUCCGCGAGGGUCGACGGCAAGUGUCGAUCGACACCAGUGGUGGGUGUCGAUCGACACCGAUAGUCAGAAGCGAUUCUGGUCUAUCUUGUAUUGGCUGUUUGGUUCUUUUCCUUGGAUAA